UUUUGUUUAGAUCACACAUUCUUGCGUUAACUAUUGUGUAUCAUAUGCUCGAAAGAAAAGAAAAGAAAAUGUGAGAUGGUCUGGCUGUCUUUUAUGUAGAACAUAAGGUACCGGUGCUCAUCAUGAAAACGAGGGGUUGUCGGAAGAAGAUGACGUCCCUGCGUAGCCGUAAGUUUACGACGGAAGUCGGUCGCAUCCGAACCCUUCGUUCAUGGACGCACAACUAUUGGCGCAUGAAGACGGAAGAUCCACCGUGCGAGGGCCAGGGGCCCACUACCCGACGUCGGCCCACCACGCAGAUGCCACGACCUUUCCACCGCCUUGAAGUACCUCCCAACUCCGGUGCCUUCCUUCCCUUUUCCCACUUCCUCCUCUUCCCUGCCCUUCCUCUUGCCGAGACCACGAUGAUGUCCGUCGUGGGCCCCGCCCCCUCGCCCGACGGCUUCGGGAAGGCCGUCUCCCCCGAGGAGCUGCGGCGGCUCCGCCGCACGAUCUCCAACCGCGAGUCCGCCCGCCGCUGCCGCCUGCGGAAGCAGCGCCGCCUCGAGGAGCUUCGCGAGCGGGCGAGCGUGCUCCGGUCCGAGAACCGUGACCUCUCGGAUCGGCUCGGCGGCAUCGCCAGCCGCUGCCUCCUCGUCCACCGGGACAACAACCGCCUUCUCGCCGAAGUCUCCGCUCUCGGCCGGCGGCUCGCCGACCUCCGCCGCGUGCUCGCCCUCCGCCACCUCCGCCGCUUGGCGGCGCCGCUUCCCCUCGCCGGCGACUAUUUCGAACAAGCUUGGGCGUGAGAACUUAUUACCAAGACAGCUGCCGGUUUCCGGUUUCUUUUACUGGCUGGAAAUUAGCGAGUGCGUUGGGUGUCGGAAUCACCCGGUGGAAUUAACCGACGCUUAAAGGCCUCAUUUAUAUAAAUUAAAGUGAAUCCAUCCGUCCAUUUCUCUAAAUUGUCAUAAGUCUAAUGAAAUCCAUCCCUCCGUUUCUCUAAAUCAUGAUGACGCCAGAAAACAUAUCCCA